GAUAAUUCACUGUAUAUAAGAGCUGGUGUUUCUCUUGUUGAGCAGAACACCUCCACACAGGACGGCUGAAGCUACGAGCUGACACUGAGAAGAAAGAAGAUAAUCCUGCAGCAGAUAAUCAUCAUCUCUGAACACCUGCAUCACCUCCACCAUGAAGAUGCUGCACUGUGUCUCUACUUGUCUGUGCCUUGAUGGCUCUGACCACAGCUGCUGUUGUUCCAGAGGCAGAACCUGUAGACAAGACUGAACCAUCAGUUCAAGAAGUUGUCCCAGAGGCAGAGCCUGUAGACAAGACUGAACCAUCAGUUCAAGAAGUUGUCCCAGAGGCAGAGCCUGUAGACAAGACUGAACCAUCAGUUCAAGAAGAAGAGAGUGAGUCGAUGGAGCCAUACUCAUUCUGUCCCAGCGGCUGGACUGGUUUCGACGGUCGCUGUUUCCUCUAUGUUCCAACAGCCAUGACCUGGGCCAAUGCUGAGAAACAUUGUCAAGGAUACGGUGGAAACCUUGCAUCAGUGCACAGCUUCGUUGAGCAUCAUGAGAUUCAGGGUAUGAUCCUGAGGGCCACUCAGGGUUUUCCAGCCACAUGGCUCGGAGGCUGUGAUGCAGCACAGGAGGGAACUUGGUUCUGGAGCGAUGGUACACCUUUCCGGUUUAGCUUCUGGGCUUCAGGACAGCCUAAUAAUUAUGGGUCAUCAAACUGUUUGCAGAUGAACUAUGGAGCUGAGAGGAGAUUUGAUGAUGAGCGUUGCUCUUACUCCAGACCAUUCGUCUGCGCCAGAAAGCUGUGAUAUCUCUUCGUCAUAAUCACAGGAGCUGGAGUGUGAUCACCAUCGUUGUGUCUUCAUCACCUGUAGGCUCUUACAUAUUGUAAUACAUACCUUUUUCCUGUUACUGUAAUACUACUAAAGAAUAUGAACUGUUCUAUUACACACACUUUGUAAUUUCUACCUUUUGAAUCAAACUGCAAUGUAAUAAACAUCUUUAAAACAAAA